AUGUCUCAAGAAUAUCAAAACAAAGUAUUUGAGUCUAUCAAUCUAAACAACGAGCAUGGCGAAGAUGGGGACGAUGAUGACGAGUUGAUUUUAAAUCACACGCAGCAGCAUAAACAUAGCGGAGCGAAAGGAGGUACUAAAUCGACCUUCAGAUAUGUACCAGGAUCCGUUUCAGCUACUUCGGAUGAGGAAGACGAACCAGAUCCCAUGGAAUAUUUGUCGACAGAGCCGAAAAAGAGCCAACCAUCACAUGAACAUACCAACGCAUUCGUACUGCACAAUCUGGGAUCCUCCUCUGGAACAACAUCUACACCAACUGGGCUAACCCCUACAGAAAGUGCAUUUGUGGAGCAGCAGCCCCAUCAAAGAAUCAUUGACAGAGUCCCAAAUGUAGAAGAGGAUGUACUUUUUCUGAACCCAUCUGUAAUAUCUAGCGAUGAUCAUCGCCAACCACAUAAUACCCACCAGCGAAAAUCUGAUGAAUACUCAUUGAAGGAAUCGAGUCCCAGAGAAAGCUCUGCACGCUCCUCAAAUGUGUUUCAGUUUGCAAGGAAAGGUCCUCAUUCAGACAGUUCUAAUUCUGUAUCCUUGUCUACUUCUUCAUCGUCAAGUAGCUCGCCCAUUGAGUACGUUCUAAACCGUGCCAAAUUUCUCCAAAAUGAGCUUCAAAAGAACUUAUCCCUUCAGUCUAAAAUGCUUGAGAGUGGGGAUUCGAGACUUUCCAAACUCCGUCAAAUGAUAGCGCAGAAUUUUGAUCAAAUUGCUGAAAAUAAUGAAGCAUUGACAGAGCUAUAUUCUAAAGAUCUUGAUAAUACUCGCAGACUGUACGAACAAUUUCAAAAAUGGGAAAUCAGAAGGGAUAAAUUGCUUUCUAAGAUAAAACUGGUAAAGAAUCCUGAAAAUAAUAAGUACGGUAAGAAAUUGGCUUCAUUGGCUGAUGAAUCAAAGGAUAUAGAUAGUCAAAUUGUAGACUUGGAACUGAAGCUACAACAAUUGAGAGAAAAGAAAGUUUUAGUUAACCAGGAAAUCGAACUCACCAGUUCAGUUUUGGAAAGCAGAACGUCACAGUUUGUUGAAAGCUUUAAAAAUUUGGAGAUUCAGGGAAUAGCAGCCAUUCAAUUAAUACUAGACCAGAAUGGUGUUUCCAGAGUAGAGCAGGAGAAUACAGUAAGGAAAAUACCUGUUGACGUGACCUUUGGAGGAAGAUAUAGAAAAGAUCAAGUAGACGAAUCCGAACCAGUCCAAGAUUCUGUGGUGCCUGCAAAUUUUUCUCCUGCUCCCAAAAAACCUUCCAAUAUGACAAUUCAACCCUAUGUAAUACCUGAGACGGCUCUGGAAAAUGUCAUUACUCCAACACUUGCUAAUAGAUUAGUAUCACCUGUACCCACACCACGAAGCUCGGGCUCAUCUCCACACCCGUUAACGAAUCCACCGAGCAACAGCUCAAGUCCCUUUUCACCAUUCGAAAAAGGGUAUGCAAAGGGCACCAACUUAUCUCAUAAUGCGAAAGAGAGGCUAUCUACAUUUGUUUCCGAUAUACUAAUUCCCACUUUCAAUACUACACUUACCUCCUACAAAAAUAAUUAUGCAUCUGCUUCUUCAAACUUGGCUCAUGAGCCUUCCCUUGAUGAUGAAAAUAAUACAAUUCGAGAAAUGAUUGAUUUGGAACCUAUCCUUGGCCUUUUGAAGUAUAAAAUUAGUGCUCUUCAGGACCUAAUUCAAAAGAAUUUGCUAUUGUCUACAAACUAUCAUGAAUAUGGAAUAAUUUGGAAGGAUGUCAUUGACGUGAUUAAUCAAAUGGAGAGCAAAUUAUUCAAUCAUAUUUCCACAUCUAAAGUUCAAGGUAAUGAGAUGGAUGCAGAUAAAUUGGUCUUCAAUAUGUUAAGUGCAUGCCUUGAUAAGAUAAGAACAAGAUUCGAAGUUCAAGUUCAGUCAUCUAGGUUUUCUCAAGGUGAGAAACGUAAUCCUCUUUUUGCCGUACUUUUAAACGAAAUAAGAGCAGUGGUUUCUGCUAUAGCCAUGGUGUCGAAGGAUAAUAGCUAUUUGGAUAUUAUUGGUGAAUUAGAAGGGUUGACCGGUGAAAGUAAAGAUAGGAUCCUGGAGUCUCCUAAAAAUGGUAGGAAUACCAGCUCUCCAAUUCCAACUGGCUUCAUGAAUACAGUUAUUGAUCAUAGGAUGAGAGCUGAAAUAGAACUUUCAAGAAAUAAAGAGCAAAAUGUACAACCGUCCCAGAUACUCCAAGUGAAAAAGGAUAAGUUUAUAUGA